AUCGAGAACACCGAAUCGAUAUCUUCAGCAAGCGAAAUGUCUCGUGCUCCGAAAGACAUUCCGACAUAUUUCUCGUGCUAGUCUCAACUUAAUAAUUUUAUAGAUUUUUUCAAAAUUCGAUCAACUUUUUAAGUAACUGUGCACACUUCUUUAUCGUGUUACGCCAUCGAUUGUUAUCGUUCAUCUUUGAAAUCGCGCGACGCUCGUGUCCAACUGGAGGUGUGUGUUUGACGUCGUGCAUUUUAUCAACGGGUUUUAUCAUAUUAAUUACAUAAUCACGACUCGAUUGCGCCGCUUGCUUCAUUCGUCAUAAAUAAACAUGCUUUCAUGAACACACAUGACGAUAACAGCCGCGUAUCAAUAGUGCGAGUACAAUCGCGUUCUCGUGUGCUCCACGAGCUGCUCUUUUUCUCGGCAGAUCGGAUAAAACUACAGUCAAUGGCUCUCUCUGGGCGGCUGCUGAUGAUCGCGCGACUGGCCGGAAGAUCACGCGACCCGAUAUGUCGAUUUUUAUCAACCAGCUCGACUUGCUCUGGCAAAGUGGUACCCUUUCAAUUAUCGGAUAUCGGCGAAGGAAUUCGGGACGUCACGGUGAAAGAAUGGUUCGUGAAACCGGGAGAUCGAGUGAGCCAGUUCGACGACAUCUGCGAGGUGCAGAGCGACAAGGCGUCAGUGACGAUUACGAGCCGCUACGACGGUCUUAUCAAAGCUUUGCACUUUAAGGUGGACGAUGUCGCUAUGGUUGGGACAGCGCUGCUGGAUAUCGAAAUAGACGACGACUCAAAGGACACCGAAGAUGCGCGAGACACUGAAAGCAGCGCCGAGAGCCAGAUGGUUGACAGUUUCGAUAAGGAGAAGCAAACAGAUGAAGCGGAAUCGCGGAAUAAUGUUCUAGAAAAGACGUUAGUGACUCCGGCAGUGAGGAGAAUAGCCAUGGAAAACAAUAUAAAGCUGAAGGAUGUAAUAGCGACUGGUAAACAAGGAAGAGUGCUUAAGGAAGACAUACUGGCGCACUUGCAAAAAGUUUCCACGACUUCGGAAGCGAAAACGACACGAACUCUUCCGCAAAAGACUAUAACGGGGAGGACGAUCGAACCGAAGGGAUACUCGAGAUAUAUGUGGAAAGCUAUGACGAGGUCUUUGAGCAUACCGCAUUUCGUGUACAGCGACGAGUGCAACGUGGACCGAUUGAUGCACUGUCGGAACGAAGUGAAGGACUCUUUAAAAGAUAGAGACGUCCUUCUGACUAUGAUGCCGUUUUUCGUGAAGGCGGCCUCGAGAGCGUUGGAGCAGUGCCCCAAAUUAAACGCCUGGCUGGACGAGGAGAGUCAGACGUUGCGAAUUCUCGAUAAUCACAAUAUCGGGAUCGCUAUGGACACGCCGGAAGGCUUGGUGGUGCCAAAUAUCAAAAAUGUGCAGAAUCUCAGUGUUGUCGCGAUCGCAAAGGAACUCAACAGGCUACAGAAGCUCGGCAAGCAGACGUCGAUACCACUCGACGAUUUAACCGAUACGACGUUCUCGUUAUCGAACAUAGGCGUGAUAGGUGGAACGUAUACGAAGCCGAUGAUUUUGCCGCCGCAAGUGAUAAUCGGCGCGUUUGGGAAGGCGCAGAGGGUGCCGCGAUUCGACGAGAAGGGAAACGUGAUUCCGGCCAACAUAAUGUCCGUCAGUUGGUCCGCGGAUCAUCGCGUCCUCGACGGUGUCACGGUGGCAAGGUUCUCCAAUUUGUGGAAGUAUUACGUAGAGAACCCAGCGCAUUUGCUGAUCGGAGCGUGAAAAUGCAUAUUUAAGAUUAUAAUCUCUGAAUAUUUUACCUCUCUCGGAAUAAGAAAUUAUUUUUGCAAUCUCAUUUUAAUAAAAUGUAAGCAAUUUAAGACAGAUGGAGUGAGAAAUAAAUAAGAAAAUCGGCGCCCUAAAUGUGAAAUUUAACACUAAUACCCGCUUGAAUAAAUCGCCAAGACACUUUGUA